CGUCACUCCGUCCUCAACUGGAGAUUGACACUGCUCCGCCGAGGAACAAACUUGACAGACUUCUCGUCCUCUUCCUUUCGAAUUCGUCCCGGCGAACGUAGGGUUUCAGAGGAGGAAGAGAUCGGAUCACCUCAGGCGGACGCAAUCGAUUCGAUCUCCUCUUGAGCCUUGAGUUCGGAUUUCUGCUGUCGAUUCGACCAGGCGGGCUUGUAUAGGCGACCAAUAUCUCGUUCUUAGGGUUUCAAAGAGGGCGAUCCUCUCUUGAGGACUCGAGAUGCAGAAGCUCGGAUUUUCUGGCAUGAAGAGCUUGGAUCAUCUCAGAUCCGUCCAUGGAUCUCUUGCUGGAGCUGCGAAAACCUCUCAGAUCUCAAAUUCCCGGCUGUCCUCGGAUUCCAUCUCGCAUGGGAGCUUUGCCAAUCUAAAGCUCACCGCAGAGAGGUUGGUUAAAGAACAAGCUUCGGUGAAAACCGAUCUUGAAAUGGCGCACACAAGGCUAAAAAGAGCAACAGAGCAGAUACAUGUGCUAGAGGCCAAACUACAGCAAGCAGUCAAUGAAAAUGCAAAGCUUAAAGUAAAGCAAACAGAAGAUACAAAGCUCUGGAAGGGAUUAGAUUCAAAAUUUUCUUCAACCAAGAUGCUGUGUGAUCAGUUAACUGAAACAUUGCAGCACUUAACUUGUCAGACUCAUGCAGCUGAGGAAAAUAAGAACUUCUUUGAAGAAAAGCUUGCACACAGUUCAAAAGCUUUUGAUGAUUUGAACUGUCUUCAAAAUGAUUUGUCUGUGAAGUUAGAGUGUGCAGGCAACACAAUAAAUGCUGGGAAACAAGAGAUAUUGGAACUCAGGAGGGAGAAAGAAGAAAUGGAGAAAUAUUUCAGGGAUGAGCGCUCUGCAACUGAUAAUGUCAUAAAGGAAAAAGAUGCGGCUAUGAAACAGUUAGAAGAGAUUGUUGAAGAGAAAAAGGCACAUUUGGAGACUCUGGAAUCCCAUAUGCAAGAAAUGCAACAUGAAUUCAGUUUAAAAGAAGAUUCCUCCAAAUGCUUGAGAGCCACCCUAAGCAACCUGGAAGAUGAAAGAAAUGCUCUGCAACUUAGCAAUCAGAAUUUUGCGCAGAAAAUAGACAAAUCAUGCCAAGAGUUUAAGGAACUUGAAAUGCUGCUUAAUCACUUAGUGAUCCAACUAGUUGAAUCGAACAAAGACAGUGCAACCAUAUCAGAUCAGGUUUCUAGGCUAUUCUUGUCAUUUGGAGCUUACGACGAGUUGCUUCAGCAGGAGAAAUGUUUAGCUAUAAAGUCUGCUCAGGGAAAAUAUGAGCAACUCCAUGGACAAUUUAUGCAUACCAGAUCAGAAAAUGAUGCCUUCAAAAUGGAAAUUGAAGAGCUAAAGAAUAAAAUUAUGGAGCUGCAGAAAGCUCAAGAAUUUGCUAUGGUGCAACAGGCAGAGGAAUGUCGUUUAGCAGAAGAUAAAAUUCGAAUAUUGGAGACUGAAGCUGAGGUUCUUGUUACAAAUAAGAAGGAAUCAGACGAGUUGGCUUCUAAACUAGGGGAGAAAGUUAAAGAUUUAUCAAAAGCUUGUAGCCUAACUGAAACUCAAAUGCAAGAUUUGUUGAAGAAAAUUUCAGAGUUAGAAUUGGAGAAGCAGGACCUUCAGGACAAGGUGCAGUCGGUGAUACAGGAAAGAUCAAAGGACACAGAAGCUCUGCAGAAUGAGAUUGUUAAGCGUGAUCAGCAUGUUGAUUCACUGGAGAAUCAGAUCAACCAUCUUCGUUGUGUUUUAGAUGAGAAGGAACAGCUUCAUAUAAGUUCUCUGGAAAGAGAAAAACAAUUGGAAGAGCAAAAAUCCGAGAUUCAAGCAUUGCAAGCUGCAACUGAAUGUAAACUUGCAGAAGCAAGAAAACAGUAUGAUUUGAUGCUUGAAGGUAAACAGUUGGAGCUAUCAAAACAUUUGAAGGAACUGUCGCAGAGAAAUGAUCAGGCUAUCAAUGACAUCCGCAGGAAGUAUGAGGUGGAGAAGAUAGAAAUUGCUAAUGCUGAAAAAGAGAAGGCAGAGAAACUCAUAAAAGAAAUGGAAAGAAAAUGUGAUGAAAAAAUCUCAGAGAACAAAGAAGAAGCCCAGCAAUACUUGAUGCGUGUUAAGGAGGAACAUGGUGCAAUGAUUAGUAGAAUCAAACAGGAUUAUGAUGAGAAGGAAUCGAAUCUUCGGGCUCAUCAGAAGGAAGAGCUACAAGAAAUCCAACUUCAGGCUGAAAAUGAAAUGAGGGAGAAAAUAUCAUUACUGAGGAAAGAACAUGAAAUUCAAAUAAAAGCUUUGAAGUUGCAGCACAAAGAUGACUAUCGAAAGCUACAGGAAGAGUUGGAGCUCCAGAAGUCAAAGGAGGAAAAGCAGAGAGCACUGUUACAAUUACAGUGGAAGGUGAUGGGUGAAAAUCAGCAAGUUGAUCAAGAAGCGAACUCUAAGAAGGAAUACUCUGUUUCAUCAAUAAAAAUGAGGGAUUCAUAUGGCAGAAAAGAACACCAUCUCGCUUUGACUAGUCCUGAGAGCAGAAGAAAGGAUGUAAACUUGUUAGGAAUUAUGCGGACACCUAUAGCAAACAUACUAAAGAAAGUAGAGAAGGGGGGCCCGGGAAAUAUUCCCAAGCACAGCAAAAAGGUAACGCGCCAUGAAUAUGAAGUUGAGACUUCGAAUGGGAGAACUAUAACGAAGCGCCGAAAGACAAAGAGCACCGUGAUGUUUGGGGAACCAAACUCUCAGAAGGCGGUGCAUUCAAAGACCCCAAAUGCUAGCAAGGAUAUCAUGAAAAUCAGGAAGGUGGUUGGAGGACCCCAUCCAAAUCCGGCAAAUAUAGGUGAUUUGUUCUCAGAGGGUUCUUUGAAUCCUUACAAUGAUGAUCCUUAUGCAUUUGAUUAAAAGUUCUUAACUGAAGACUGUUUGACUUCAUAGUGAAGCCUUAUGAAGCAGAGAUUGCACGCAGGAUUAUGCGGUCAUCUUCAGUGUAAUCAACAUUCCAAGCUUUGGCAGGCAGGUGCGUGUAUUAGGAAUGUUAAACUGAUUCCGUAACCAAACUUUUUAAUCUGAAGCAUAUCUGUCUUCGCUUGUGUACCAAGGUGGAUUAGGUCCAUCACAGCUGUCUACCAAGGUGGAUUUUUGGUCAUAGUUAUGCCUAUAACUAUCUCUUCCUUUCAGAUUUUACUACAUUCAAGCAGGAAGUAUGAUGUUAUCUUUUCAUUCGUGGCUUACUGAUGCAGCAGUUUAUGGAGGUUCUUUCUGGAUUGUUGCUGCUCAGUAACCAUAUAUUCACGGUUCGAAGUAUUAACCUUGGAUGAAGUUUUCCUACAUUUCUGAAUAAAACUCUUGGUCACUAUAUCAUUGUGGUUCCUUUUGGUGGCAAAUAACCAGUGACAACAUUGAAAGGUGUAUUAAAUCUUCCUGGGUUUUGGGUGUUGCAAGUUGGUGGGGUUGACCCUCGGUUAUCUUCUGGAUGUUUUUCUUUCUGUGCUGCGGCUUUGCAGAAUGGAUUUCCCUCUCGAGUGAAACUGUUGAGGAGUGCUGCCUGGUUACCAAUUGUUGUGGUUCAAAUUUGGCCCGGGGGUGACCACGCCGGAGGAGUCGAGGGAGCCGCUGGUUGUUGGAAGAAGAAGACGGGGGCCAUCUCCUGCGCGACGGCGGCGGACCUGCACAAAACCUCAUCAGUAUUUCCGGUGAGGGUCCUCCGACGAUCAAGUUAGAGUAGGGUAAAUUUGGUCCAGCCAAAAGUCCCUUAGAAGUAGA